ACAGCCCGCACCUCGAGCAGCCCGAGAUCUUCCUGCUCCUCCAGACUGUCAUCAACAUCCUGCUGCCUCCUCGGAUCAUCUCCACCUCUCGCACCAAGAACUUCAUGCUGGACGCUUCGCCGGCUCAUUGCUCCACGCCGGGCGACACGGGGAAGGACCUGCGCAGAGAGGGAUUAGCCGAGUCCACGAGCCAGGCUGCGUAUCUGGCUCUGAAGGUGGUGUUGGUUUGCUUUGAGCGCUCGCUGGGAAACCAGUGGUACCGACUGAGCCUGCAGGUGAAAGAGAUGGCGCUGAGGAAGGUUGGCGGCUUGGCCUUCUGGGACUUCAUUGACUUCAUUGUCCGAACCCGGAUCCCGAUCUUUGUGCUGCUGAGACCUUUCAUACAGUGCAAGUUGUUGACGCAGCCUGCCGACUCCCAGGAGGAGAUCACGGCACGCCACCACAUCGCCGACCAGCUGGAGCGACGCUUCAUCCCUCGACCUCUCUGCAAGAGCUCCCUGUUCGCAGAGUUCAACAAUGAGCUGAAGAUCCUGAAGGAGGCUGUGCACAGCGGCUCUGCUUACCAAGGCAAGACGUCCAUCAGCACAGUGGGCACCUCCACCUCAGCGUAUCGCCUUAGUUUGGCCACAAUGUCGCGCUCCAACACCGGCACCGGCACCGUUUGGGAGCAGGAGAGUCAGCCGUCACGCCAGCCGUCUCAAGACACGCUCAGCCGCACUGAUGAGGACGAAGAAGAGAACGACUCCAUCAGUAUUCCCAGUGUGGUGAGCGAGCACGAGGCCUUUCUGCCCAGGGUCAUAACACAGCGGCGUUUCUCCAGCCACGCCACCGGCUCUGCAGCCUCACAGCCCGAGGCUCACCGCACCACCAUGCUGCCCAGCCACAGUGAACCCAAUGUGCUAGAUGAGUCCCAGGGCCUUCUGCAGGAGGGUAACCUCUCUAGGGUUGCCAGUGUGCAGAGUGAACCAGGGCAGCAUAACCUCCUGUUGCAGCCUCCGUUAGGAAGGAAGCGCGGCCUCCGACAGCUGCGGCGCCCCCUGCUGUCCAUUCCAAAGAAUGAACCCCGGGAUCGAUCUGGAGCUCGACUCUCGACGACUCGCAGGAGCAUCCAGCCCAAGAGCAAACCGCUGGAGACUUUAUUGGACUGUGAAGCGCACGGAGACCAGAAGAGGUCAGUCACCUUUACGGAGGCGUCCGCGGGGAUCGGCAAGCCCCCGACCCCCGGCGCCAUCGACCCCGCGGCCGAGGGCAGGAAGUCCAGUCCAGCACCUUCUAAGUCGCCCACGCUGGAGGUGCCGACCGCCUCGUCUGCCACGGUGACCGCCGACCUGCACGGUCCUGCGAACACACAGGGUCCUGGAGCCAUAAGCAGCAGAGAGAAGAGAGAGCAGUGGGGGCUCCGCAGCAGCCUCUCCCCUCCUCCCUCCAUCUCCAGACCCUCCACCCCGACUCCCCCGUCCCGAACCUGCUCCCCUCUCCCUUUAUCCCGCACUUCCUCCCCCCUCCCUCCACCGCUCCCGGUGCUGGGUACGACCCCGGCCCCGGGCCCCCCUCUGCCUCCGCCGCUGCCGCCUCAGACCCCGCUCCUCCUCCCUCCGCCUCCGCCGGGGCCGUCCAGGAUCAGAGAGAGCCCCGGGGACGAGGACACCACCGCGCUCCUGCCCCGCAGCAGCACCCUGCUGCAGCUCAGCGAGGACGCCGGCACGGAGAACCCCCUCCUCACCCCGCUGCUGUCCCCGCCCUCUCCUCGCAGGUCGCCCCGCCGCUCGCCUCUGCCCCUCUCCCCCGUGGACCUGGACCUGGAUGAGUCCCACGUGUGACGGACUCUGUCAACCGGCACGUUUCACAACAUUCAUGAGCAAAAAAAUGAAAAAGUAAAACGGACGUUUGGAUUCGUUUCACCGACGAUUUGAAAGUCUUUAAAAGGUUAAACAGGAGAGGAGAGGGCUUCUGUGCCCGUCCUGCUCUCUCCUCAGGGUAGUUCUCUAAAUAUCUCACGUUCAUGUGUCCUGUCCUGUCGUGUCCCUCCACUGUCGAACAUCAACGUACAGACGAAGGCUUGAAUGUAUAUUUAUAGCAGCAAAUCUACUUUAUGGCUCGUCUCCAUCGCAGACAGAUUUAUUUUAUUAGAUGGAGUUUACGUCAGACAGAGUUUUAACAGUCGUCACAGAAAAGGUUGAUAUUUAAAAUGUAGAGACGUCUGUAUAGAAGAGAUAUACAUUUAAAAAGAUGCUAUAACUUGUACAAAGGUUAUAAAGGAGAUAUUUAAAGUCGUUCUAAAGCUGUGUGAUAAUAACGAUACGUGAUGAUGUGGAACCGGAGGAAGAAGAGUUUAUAUUUUCGAAGAUUAUCAUUACGGAACAAAUCAAACUAUUCAAAAUGAGCUUUUCAGAAAUCCACGUGACUUCUCUUGAAAUGUUAAAACUUUAAUUUCUUUCCUUGAAUUUGCUUUUGAGAUGAAAAUAUGUAAAGUGGCAGAAUAUCUGACUUUGAUUGAAGUGAUUUGAUCCGUUUUUCUUAUUUUCCUCUGAACUCAUUCGUCAGCUCUGAAAACUCAAUCGCAGUCUCGUUCUCCACUUUGUGUCUGUGACAUCGUCUCAGGAUCGAUGCAGUAGAUGGUCGUGACCUCGUCGACUCAUUCCAUGCCUUAAUAUUAACGUGUCAUUUCUCUCUGGUGAAAACCUCACACCUCCAACACCUCUACCGGCCCACGAUGCGUUCAAGGUCACACUUUGAGGAGCAGAAUAAUAUAAACCUGCAGAAUCGUGGGUAAAUAAAUAUCUAUAUUUACUGUAAAACUUAACUGUUCAGGAAAGGCUGAGUUCAAACAGAGUAAUUAUAUCUAUAGUUUUAACGCAGAUAUUGAUCCGUGCCAUACACCAAUGCACUGUGAGUGUUUUUCUUAUUUGCUGCUUGUGUGUUUCAUUUCUGUUGUUCUGCCAUUUUGUGAAAAUGUUGUAAUCGUCCGGUUACAAAGAGAGCGUGUGUCUGUGAGUUCUAGUUUGACUGUUUUAUCUGACAGACGGCAGCAGACGUGCACACCGUGUUCAACACGAUGUGCAACACAUAUCAAGUGUAAACAACAUUGUGUGCUACACCGUCAGCACCAUGUCAAUGUCUUUAAAACACAGAGACGCAUCAGAAGCGUCUCCGGUCAGAGCGUCAAUCAGAGUUCCCUUUAAAUGUAACGUGUCUCUGUCGGGUUGUGUCUUCUUCGUGCAAACUUAGAGUGAAUAUACACUUUGUCGGGAUAUUUCUGACGUAUCUAA